UGCAAGCAACUCAACCUCAAAGCUUAAGAAAUGGCGGCGAAGAAGCAUGACGCCGGAGACACCAAAAAGAGAAAGCGACUCAAUACUGAAACUCACGAAGAUCCCAAGGCUUCGAAGCUCGUUGCCUCAAAGAAGCACAAACUAGACUCCGUUGCUAAAGACAACAAGAACAAGAAGACGACUCCUCCUACCGGCCGAGAACGUCGUCUUCAUUCCAAGGAACUAGCAGAUGCUAGAAAAAAGAAGAGAAAGCGAAAUUUCACUCUUGAGCAAGAGCUUCCACGUCUAUGGGAAAAGAUGAGACGUCAUGAGAUUGCUAAAGAGGAUAGAGCUAAGCUAGUGACUGAAGCUUUGCAAAAGAUGAAGGGGAAGAUUCCAAAGAUUGCAAAAACAAAUGUGUGA